AUGGAGAUGAUGGAGGUUCAGGCUCUGUGGAACCAAACCACCUGGCACCGGGACACUCGCCUGGAAGUGUGGUUCCUCCUCUUCAACUGCACAGUCCUGACCCUGGUCUUGGGUUUGCCCGGGAACCUGUGGGUGUGCUGGGUGGUGUCAAGGACCAAGAGCCUGCAGACCUGUAACAACGCGCUGCUGGUGAGCCUGGCCUCCAGCGACCUGCUCAAGUGCUCCGUGGACACGCCGCUGCUGCUGUUCUCGCUGCUGCGCUCCGGGGGGGGCGGCCCCCGGGUGCCGGUGGUCGUGUGCUCCCUGCAGCAGUUCACCUGGGCGCUGUGCAGCUGCGUCCAGCUGCUCACCCUUGUGGGCAUCAGCGUGGAUCGCUUCCAGGCCAUCGCCUUCCCCUCCCGGACCGAGGGUCGGAAGGUGAGGGUCCGGGUCUGGAUCCUGUUCAUCUGGGCCAGCGGCCUCGUCCUGGCCCUGGUCUCCCUGACUCUCUCCGAGAAGGCGCUGUGUUACAUGCUGUGUCGGCCUCACGGUGCCGGGGAGACCCUCCGGUCCUCGGACCCGUUCGGACCCUACGUGCUGGUCCCGGUGUGGGGCCUGUGCAUCACUCUGAUCGUCAUCCACUACGUAAGGAUUUUCCAAGUUGUGAGGCAGCACCGGAAACAAGUGUUCCACCGGGGAGUCCAGCUGCCGCCGACGGUGUCUGAGGAGGUCUGGGCCUGGCUGAGUGUCCCGGGCACAGGAGGACCGGCUCCGGGGGGGCCCUUCAUCCCGGCUCCGGGGGGCCCCUUCAGCCCGCUGCCGCCCCGCCGCACGGUGCUCCUGGUAGCGGAGGCGCCCUGUGCCGCCCCUGGCACCGGGCCCCCCCCGGGGAGACGUCCUGAGAUCGUCGGGGCGGUGUGUCUGAUGACCCCCGGGGCCAAGGAGCGAGGGAAGAAGCGGAUGGAGGGGAAGGUGGCUCAGCGGUUCGGUUACAUCAUCAUCGCGUUCACUCUCUUCUGGAUGCCCAUGGUGGUUAUUCUGCUGGUGAAAGUCACCUCUCGGCUGGACACGGACAGACUGCUGAUGGAGCUGGAGACCUCGGCUGUGGUGCUGACCUGCAUGCAGGCUGCGGUGGAUCCCCUCAUCUACACUUUGGUCACGAGACAGUUUCGCUCUGAACUCAGCAAGAUCCUCUCCUCCAUCCCGGGAUGUCCACUGAAACCCAGAGCCUGAGGAUUCCACCCUUUGAUGAUGGAUGUCUGAUGACACGUGGACUGAAGUUAAAUGUACACAAGCCUGUUUCUCACACGCUCAGAGGGAUUUAGAGGCAGGUGAAGAAGAGAGCCCACAGAUUUUUGUAUUUGUGGCAGAUAUAGAUGUUUUUAUCAGGCGUUUCACAGUCGGGACACAAGACAAGGUCAUACAUAAUAUCCAGUACCUGACAAGAUACGCACAGCAGUAGUCUCAACAACGACAGGUGGCGUAGGAGGGCAAAGCAAAGAGGGAGAGGGAAAACGGACUGAGCCCAGAAAAGAGACAAUCAAAGAAGAGUACUUAACAGAGAGAGAGAGAGAGAGAGAGAAAGACAAACACAAUCAAAGACAAGACCUUUUGCAUUUGCUGUUUGGAAAUAAAAAUGCAAUCCUUUGACACUUGGAGCGGAAAUAUGCUUAUAGAUAAUAAGUCAAACUGUGUCAUUUUCAAAGUGCAGCUGACACAAAACAACCUGUCGGGAAAACAGGGAA